AGAUCUGGUAGUGUUGCGCCCUCACAAGUCAUGAUGGAAGAAGAGAUUGACCUUGAAGCACUACGGGAACGAGAAACGUCCUUGAGGAAACUAGAGUCGGAUAUUCUUGACGUUAAUCAGAUUUUCAAAGAUUUAGCGACAAUGGUUCAUGAACAAGGUGAUAUGGUCGAUAGCAUAGAAGCCAACGUAGACAGCGCGCAGAUACAUGUAGAAGAAGGAACUCAACAACUGCAAAAAGCAAGGGAUUACCAGAAAAAAGCCAGAAAGAAAAUGAUAAUAUUUGUGAUCAUCCUGAUAAUAGUUAUAGCCGUUAUCGGUUUGAUUAUUUACUUCAGCGUGCGGUAAUCCAGUAAAGGCAGCCAUAUUCCCAUCAUGCACUUCAUGGAGGUAUAUCAUCAACUUGAAUUCCUGGAGUAGGAAAAAAAAGGGUACGAAACGUGUUUGAAGGUGUACAUUUGUAAAUAAUAAAUUCAAUAUUGACAUGUAGUGAAGCAUAGUACAGUGUUUAAUAAUAGUUGGGUGGUAUUAUUUUUCAACUUCUGCAUUUAUUUCCUCUUAUUGGUAGAAUUUUUCCUCAAAAUUACGUUAUCUCAUUUAAAUAUUUUAUUUUAUAAUUUUGGCAUCAGUUAUAUUUUAUUGGAUUGAAGAUAUUUCAAAAAUUAC